UGGCGGCCAGAGCAGGGCUUUUGAAACUUGUUAGUCGAUAUCAAGUCCUGAAAGCUUUACCAGUCUCCUUGACCGCCUUGAUCCACGCACAUCUAAAAAUCAAGCUCCAUUAUGUGGUGAAUUUCCCUUACCCUUUUAUAAAAUGAGUAAGCUGUGAGGGACAACAGUAGAAAAGUAACAUGGCGAUGACAGAAGAAGAACGACACCAAAAAGAAAUCUACGAUGUGGCGAAUGCCUGCGUCGACGAAGUAAUUCUUGAAGCGACACAACAGGUCCAAGCUCGAAAGGAAAGCGCUGUUGAUCCAAGUGAUGGAUUAAGUGGACUUGCUGCGGGCAUCCUGAAAAGAGGGACAAGGUGGCAGAACAGAGCGAGAACGGUUGUUACGCGUAUACUUACGCAAUUGCGUAUUUGUAAAUAAGGAACGAAACGGGACCCGAAUCCCUAAGCUCCUUUUGAAAGGUUCCAUGGAGGAUCCUUUGAAUUGCAAAAUUUCGAAAAAUAUUUUGUUCUAAGUUAGUACAUUUUAAGUGCCAUCUUGCUCAGUGUUUUGACACUGAUAUGAUUUCUGUAAUAUUCGGUUCAUCCAGACCAAUUUCAAAUUCAGAUUUGUAAGAAAAAAAAGUCUCUGGACUUCUUUUAAAAUGAUAUCGUGACAUAUCAACCGAUCAAAGAUAAAGUGUGAUUUUGCACAAACGACCCUGACAUCAAUUUGUGUAAAAUCAUGAGGAUGUCACUUUCAUUCUUUCGACCCUUUUAUGUGUACUUGGCUAUCAUCAAAUAACCUUAAAUUUAAAAAAAUUGUACAAAAAUAGGUAUGAUUUAUUACAAUUAAAUAAAACUACAUAUUACAAAUUUUUAAUUGCAAUUUCUUAAAACGAUUCUGUGGUUUAAAACAAAACAGUCAAUUGUUGUCAAUUAAGUUAUUUAAUAUGCCUUGAACAGAUUAAAUAAAUAGUAAUUUACUACAAAAUUUACAAAAUUUGUAAUAAAAAAUAGCCCAAACUGUAAUUUUUGUGGCUUUAUUUUCGACCUAUAUAGGAAAUGAUGUAGCCAAUAUCUUUAUGACACCCUUUGAGUGUGUUAUUUAUUCGGAUAGCAUAAGUUAAUAUCAAUAAUAGAACAAAUUGAAAAUUGUACUCUUUAGAUUGUAUAUCGUUGUGUUCAAGUGCGCGAACUUUCAUUGAGGUAAAAUGUAAGCUAUGUGUAACACGGUGUUGUGAACAAAUAUUUGAUUUUUUGUUUUGAACCGUAACUGUGAUGUGUAUAUUGUUGUUACUAUUGCUGUUGUGAAAUAAGUCAUCUUAUAUUCCAAACCGAAAAUGUCUCCGUUUCAUGUGGCUAGUCAAUAAUCAGUCAAUUUCCGGCAAAAUAUUUUUGCUCAUAAUUUAGAUUUUUAUGUCAAUAUAACGAACUCUUAUAUCAAUUGUAAGUUUAUUUGGAACGGCAGAUUAAAUAUAUUCCGAGAUUUUUUUAAAAUCUAUAAUGUAUUUUCAAGUAAUAUUCAAAGGGAUCAAAUUUUAUUAUAAAAUGUCAUAUUUUCUGAAUUAAACUCUUAUACGGUGACAAUCCCUAAUAUAGUCUAAGCUAAUCUGUAAUAUAUAUAUAUAUUUAAUUCAUUCGUUCUAUAUUUUUAAAAAAACCUUUCAUGAACGUUUAGAAGAAAAAAAUUAACCCCACCCACAUUGGAAUACAACCUUAAUUUUACAAUAAUAAAAUUUUAUUUGUAA